AUGGGCCGCAGCGGCGCGGCGCUGGCGCUGCUGCUGCCCAGCGAGUCGGCCUACGUGGAGCUGCUGCGCCUGCGGAAGGUGCCCCUCAAGGAGGUCGAGAAGCUGCCAGGCGCGCCUGACGGCCUGACCGCCUGGCUGCGGUCUGAGGCAGAGACGGACCGGGAGGCGAUGGACAAGGCCACGCGCGCGUUUGUGAGUUUCGUGAGGGGCUACAAGGAGCACCACCUCAAGUACAUCUUCCGGAUACAGGAGCUGAGCCUGGGGCGCCUGGCGGCGGCGAUGGGCCUGCUGCGGCUGCCGCGGAUGCCGGAGACCAAGAAGGUCCCCAGGGACGAGUUCACGCCAUCACAGGUCGACCCCGAGAGCGUCCCCUUUCGCGACAAGACCCGGGAGAAGCAGCGGCAGAGGCAGAUCAAGCAGAAGCGCGUGGCCGAGGCCGAGGCGGCGGCGACGGGCGGCAGCCAGCCGCCAAAGCGGGGCGCGCCCGACGGCAAGCGCGGGCGCGGCGCGGACGGGCAGGGGCAGGGGCAGCAGCAGCAGCAGCCGGAGGAGAAGCUUCCGGCGGCGAAGCGGCGGCAGCUGCAGCAGCGGGAUGAAAUGGCCGAGUUGACGCGUGACUACCGGCUGCUGACUCAGCUCAAGAAGGGCAAGAUCACGCAGCGGGCGUUCGAUCUGGCCACCGGGAUCUCCUCGGGGUCCGACGACGAUCUGGAUCUGGAGGCGGGAGGCGGCGGGCAGCGGGAAGGCGGAGGGGCAGGCAGUGCAGCCGGCGGUGCCAGGGGGGCCGGAAAGGGCGCCGGCGGCGGCAGCGGCGGUGGCGGCGGCACGGAGGGCAGCAGCGUGAGCCGGCUGCUGGAUAAGAAGCGGAAAAAGAAGAAAAAGAAGCAGAAGCGGCAGGCGGCCGGCGCCGCGGGAGCUGGCGGCGCCGGCGCCGGCGGCGGGCAGUGA